AUACAGUAUCAAUGGAUUAAUAUUAGCAAUGUCAGUUUGCAAUUAUGGUUUAAUAAGGCGUUGCGCCAGGCGCCUUUCUGCGAAUGGCGUUACCUUUUCUGUUUUUAGGUACUCGCCUGAGAGUGGAAAGCGUCCUCGUAUGCAAAGUUAUAAAGUGGACACCGCUGCUUGUGGUCCUAUGAUAUUGGAUGCGCUUAUAAAGAUUAAGAAUGAGCAGGAUAGCACACUAUCUUUCCGUAGAAGCUGCAGGGAAGGUAUUUGCGGCAGCUGUGCGAUGAACGUUAACGGUGAAAACUGUUUAGCAUGUCUCCGUUCAAUUGAAUCGUGUACAAACCAGGGUAAUUCUGUGGAAAUACAGCCAUUGCCUGGUAUGUACGUCUUACGUGAUCUUGUAGCGGACAUGACUAAUUUUUAUGAGCAGUACCGUACAGUUCAGCCAUGGCUUAAGCGAAAGACUCCUAAGUCCGGUGAAGCCGAAUUUCUGCAAUCCAGGGAGGAUCGUGCUCUUCUUGACGGCAUGUAUGAGUGUAUUUUAUGUGCUUGCUGUACUACAUCGUGCCCGUCAUAUUGGUGGAACCCGGAGCAUUACAUUGGUCCUGCUGCGCUUAUGCAGGCAUAUCGUUGGAUAGAGGACAGUCGUGAUGAGUACACCGUCGAGCGUAUGGUUGAUGUGAAUGACAGCAUGAAGCUUUACCGGUGCCACGGCAUUCUCAACUGUACUCGGGCUUGCCCCAAGGGUCUUGACCCCGCUAAGGCUAUAAGCAAGCUAAAGGCCAAGGUCGAGGCUUCAGCUGAUGACACGUGGCGUUCAAUUGCGGCAUCGGAGUACGCCAAGAACAACCAGACACCGCUAGGCGGUGGUGACAAACAAUAAAGUGACACUUGUGAUUAAAU